CGGCGGGGUCACCUCCCCCGACUCCGGCCCCUUGCCGGCUUUCCCUCUCCUCCCCCUGCCUUCCCCCGCUCUCCCCGACUUCGGGAGGCCGGGCUUGGCGCUCGCGGGUCGUGGGUUCUAAUCCCCCACCCCGCCGGGUGACUCUAGACAGGUGGCUUCGCCCCUCCCCGCCCCCCCGGGCCUCGGUUCCCUCCUCCGGAAAAAAGGGGCGAAGCCCGGGGGCCCCAAGCUCCCGGUCCCCGACGCGGCGCUUCGAGCGGUGCUUGGCCCGUAGCGAGCGCUCAACGGAUGCCGCGUCGCCCGUGGUGGAGCUGAACGUGGGGGGCACGCUGUUCACCACCACCCUGGCCACGCUGACCAAGUACCCGGGGUCCAGGCUGGCCGCGAUGGCGACGGGCCCGGCCGGGGCCCCGACGGACCGCGAGGGCCGCCUGUUCGUCGACCGUCCGGGCGCGGCCUUCGGGCCCAUCCUGGAGUUCCUGCGCAGCGGGCGUCUGCCCUCGGAGGCCGUGCGCGAGGUCUACCGCGAGGCCCAGUACUACGCGCUGGAGCCCCUGGUCAAGCUCCUGGAGGAGGCGCCGCCCAUCUUCGGGGACCGCGUGGCCCGCCGGCAGUUCCUGCUGCGGGUGCCGGGCUACGGCGAGAGCCUGGAGCUGCUGAUCCGCGUCGCCCGGGCCGAGGCCGUGGCCGCCCGCGUGUCCGGCGUGGUGGUGUGCGCCCCGCGCACCGAGGAGGACGCCGCCCGCUGCCUGGACGCCCUGGCCCGCCUGGAGGCCGCCCGGCGCUCCGUCGUCAAGUUCGGGCCCUGGAAGGCCCCGCCGGCCGUCGCCGACCUGCUGGACUGCGUCCGCGGGGACGUCGAGGCCCGCGGCUACCGGGUGUCCUACCAGCCCUACGCGUCCGAGCUGGGCUUCCGCGGCAAGGCCGCCGACUGCUUCUUCCGCUUCGUCUUCACGUGGUGGUGAGCGCGGGGUCCGGCCUCGGGCGGAGGCGCCGCGCCGCAAUAAAGCCCCCGCCAGACCCGA